AUGCAGAGCUACGAAGGAAGUGGCGGUAGCGAUGGCGGACAUGACAAGAGCCCCUUGAGCUCUAUUCCAUCGAAUUUCCUCAGAAAUCUCACUGACAAAAGAACAAAAUCUGAUGCUCCUGCACCAAAACGUCGAGGUCCAAAGCCAGAUAGCAAGCCUGCCCUAACGAGACGUCAGGAGCUUAAUAGGCAAGCGCAGCGAACGCACCGAGAGAGGAAAGAAUUAUACAUCAAGGCUCUUGAGGAUGAGGUAUUACGUUUGAAGGAGACUUACAGCAACGUAUCUCAAGCCAAAGACAAUCUUUCAAACGAGAACCGGCAGCUCAAGCAACUACUCGCACAGAAUGGCAUUUCGUUUGGUGGCGCCAUGGGGAUUGCGAGUGGGAUGAUGGAUGAUGGCAGCAUCGAUUAUGCAUCGUCGAGCGCCACUGGAAGUGGCUAUGGGGGAGGACCGGCCUCAUCCCAUACAAGUGCCUUUACGCCUUCGCCGCUUGCAUCUGAUACAGCCAACAGUCAACAGUAUAGCCGGACUCCCACGGGACACGGAAGUCUAUCGCCACAUCCUGGCGGCCACCACCAGCAUACAAACGCUCAACACCACCCAAGACAUGGUGCACAGCCGUUGAAUAAUCCAGGGGUGGAUUAUGAGCAGGCAGGGAUUGACUUUGUCUUAGCUCUUGAGAAGCCAUGUAUGGAUCACUUGCCCUGGCUACUAGAACGCGGAACCGAGACAGGAGGCGAAGCUUGCGGCCAUGCUCUAAUGGCGUCGUGCCCGCCCGAGCCCUUUUCCGAGCUGACGCCAGACAUACCCUUUGGCUACUCGAACGUCAAAAACGGUGAGCUCGACUCGGGCCAGAGGACCUGGGAGCUGUCAAAAGGUGACCUCAACACAUUGCUGGAUUUGAGCAAGCGGCUCAACCUGGACGGCGAGAUCACGCCUGUAAUGGCCUGGGGCAUGGUUCUUGCCCAUCCUCGUCUCGGGGAGAUGACUCCAAAGGACUUCAAGAAGCUGACAGAAGAGCUAUGUGGCAAGGUCCGCUGCUAUGGCUUUGGCGCGGUGAUGGAGGAGUUCGAGGCUCGCGACGCAAUCGAGAAUGUUUUCUCGACUAAGCCCGAUUCUUUUCACCAAUCAUAUAGUACGGAGUACGGUGGUGGACGCUGA